GUCCACCUCCCAUAUGAGGCAUUGCUUCGUGGACCUGUACAUUACGGAUGGAUGUAUCAGUAUGAGCGAGCCAUGAAAUAUUUGAAGGGAAAAGCAAAGAACCUUGCAAAGGUUGAAGGUUCUAUAAUUGCUGGAAGUUUGACGGAAGAAACUUCUCACUUCACAUCGUACUACUUUGCGUCAAAAGUACGUACUCGGAAAAGAGCUCCAAGGAGAUAUGAUGAUGGUGGUGUCGCGCCAACAUACGCAGUUGCUGGUGUUCCAGACAUCUUUAGCCAGAUUGGGCGACUGGGUGGGAAAUCAAAAGAGGUUUGGUGGUCGAGUGAAGAAGACGCUCAUAGUGCACACACCUAUAUUCUACUCAAUUGUGAGGAUCCAUUGAUUCGUUAUUUUGAAAGCCUAUUUGUUUCACAAGUCGAAGAAAUAUUCCCUGGUAUAUCCACAACUGACGUAGACAAAAGGAAAGAUCAACACUUUAUAAAGUGGUUGAAGAGUCAGGUUGAUUUUGACGACGAUGCAGAUUAUCCUAAGUGGUUACAUGAAGUAAUUCAAUCUCCACAUGUAAAGGUACAACAAAUUCGAGCCUUUCAUCUUAGCUUCACAAGCAGAUCAAGUUAGCUACCUUCCAUACCCUCGGAUGAGAGAAUCGGGAAUAAAUUGGUUAUCCGUGAUCAAAGUUACACCUCGAGGACGAAUCAUUAGUGGAGAAGAACCACCAUUGCAAGAAGAACAGAUAAAUGAAGUCGAGGAACCUGAACAACAAAUUGAUGACAUUCUUUUCAUUGAUCCGCAUAAUCAUGAGUACGAAGAUCUUACCGACGAUGGCACAGACGAAGCUGUUGAAGACGAGUUUAAUGAAAAUGAUGAUGUUUCUAGUGAUGACGAAAAUGUAUCCGAUUGAUAUAUUUGUGUUUUAAUAUGAUUGAUUUUCAGACUUAA